GGCACCAAGGACUCACCUCAGUUGAGUACGGUUACUGUUGGGAGUCGAUUGGGGUUCCCUGUAUCUCCUCUGCAUUAUUCACUAUGUUUCACAGGGAUGGCGUUGCUUCAGUUCCCCUGUUUGUUGUUCUGUGGAUUACAAUAUGCUGGAGCUGUGUAAGUGUAACCGCUGCCCGCAAACAAGACGAAGCUUUCCCCACAAACAGCAUUUCCCGAGCUCGUUGCACUUCGCGAUGCCUCAGCCUGCACAUCACGCGCAUCUCGGCUUUCUUCAAGCAUUCACAGAAUAAUGGAUCCCUUACAUGGUGUCAGAAUCACAAGCAGUGUUCUAAGUGCCUGGAGCCCUGCAAAGAGUCCUGGGAUCUGAAGGCGAAUCACUGCCAGAAUUUGUGUGAGCCCCUUUUCCCUAAGAAGCACUAUGAAUGCCUGACUAGCUGUGAAUUCCUCAAAUCCAUCAUGUCAGAAAAACAAGGCGAUUGCCCUGCUCCAGAAAAGGCCACUGGUUUUGCAGCUGCCUGUGUUGAAAGCUGUGAAGUUGACAAUGAAUGCUCUACAGUAAAAAAGUGUUGUCCAAACGGAUGUGGUUACACCUGCCAGAUGCCAAAAAAUCUGUAUAAAGGUGUUCCUCUGAAACCCAGGAAAGAGCUAAGCUUCACAGAAGUUCGUUCAAGAGAGAUGGAAAUUAAAUGGUCAUCAAAGUUCAAUAUUUCCGUGGAACCUGUCAUUUACGUUGUACAGAAACGUUGGAAUUAUGGAAUUCAUCCCAGUGAAGAUGAUGCAACUAACUGGCAAACUGUUGCACAGACUACAGAAGAGAGAGUUGUGCUGUCAGACAUCAGGCCAAGCAGAUGGUACCAAUUCCGAAUUGCUGCAGUUAAUGUUCAUGGAACGAGAGGCUUCACAGCACCCAGUAAACAUUUUCGCUCUUCGAAAGAUCCUUCACCUCCGCUUGCACCAAAUAACCUGCGGAUUGUCAGCUCCACAAUGCAACCUGAUGGCACCAUGUCUGUUAAAGUCACAUGGGAUCUUCCAGAGGAACCGGAUAUCCCAAUCCAUCAUUAUAAGGUGUUCUGGAGCUGGACUGUGAAUGGCAAGUCACUUGUUGUGCCUUUGAAAAAGAAAAGGAGGAAGACCAGCAGCGGACAACAGAAAUAUGUGGUCCUGGAGGGUCUUCAGCCCAAUAGCAGUUACAUGUUGGAGAUCCAGGCUGUGACGUAUUGGGGACAAGUACGUCUAAAGAGUGCUAAGGUGUCACUCUAUUUCCAUACGACAUGGACAGCUGAUAACAAAGAGCAAGUUUUACCAAAUCCAAGAUCUAAAAGUGUUGACUUGAAUUCUCUUCCCUCACAAGAAAGAAAACAUUCUUCAAAUCAAAUUGAAAUUGGUGUUCCUUUCUACCAAGACAACCAACUUCAGGUGAAAAUCUACUGGAAGAAGACAGAAGAUCCUACAGUGGGACGAUACCAUGUUCAGUGGUUGCUGGAUCAUUGCACUCACAAUGCAACUAUGAGCCCGGAAAAAGCUGUAACACAUGAAAACUACAUGAUUCUCCAAGGUCUGCUGUUUUCUUGUAAAUACAAAGUAACAGUUCAUCCAGUGAGAUCCAAAGGGCUUUCAAAAUCUGAAGCAUCAUUUACCACACCAUCUUGCUCGGCUAUUAAAGGAAAGAGCCACAAGCAUAUUAACUGCCCUGGUGAAGGAGGAGCACCUAUUGUGAAAGUUGUUGUGAAACCAGAAAACCUCUCAGCAUCCUUCAGUGUUCAGGAAAGAAAUAUUACAGGACACUUUUUUUGGAAGGUCUCAAAGACAAAUCUACUACAGCCAAUAACAGGUUUCCAGGUAACUUGGGCUGAAGUUACUACUGAAAGCCGACAGAAUAGUUUGCCAAACAGUAUUAUUUCACAGUCCCAGAUAUUACCACCGGAUCACUAUAAGCUGACAGUGUCUAGUAUGCGACCAUCCACAUUAUAUAGACUGGAAGUCCAAGUAAUGACAGCUGCAGGGGAAGGACCAGCCACAGUGAAAUCAUUCCGAACACCUGAACUGCCUUCAGUAUUUUCAAGCAGACCUCAUCUAAGGCAGCACCAUUCACAUCACCGUAAAGCAUCUCCAGAAAAACAUUAACUCAAAGACUAAGAAUCAACUACUAUCGAUUACUAGCUGCAAUCCCACAGACGACGAGGACUAGGUUGCUUGCAGAAUUUCUGCAUAUGGAAGAUACAGUCUAGACUUCUGCCUCUUUUUUUUUUUUAACUUGCUGCUCUGUAUUUUAAUCUGAAAAAGAAAACAUAUUCUUCUUGCCUCAUCACCUUUACUACAUUGCAGGUAGCAGAAGUUCUGAGGAGCGAGAAUAACUGUAUCACCUUAUGGAUCAAACUUGUACUAACUCCAUUCUUUGUAGACAAUACAACAUUAGUUCUUAAUGCCCAGAAUGUGACAGUGACAGAAAAAAAUUAUAUUGAAUGCGGUGCAAACACAUUUGUUGAAAUUCAGCUAUCUCUACUUGCAGCGGAAACAUUUGAAAUCAAGGAGAUCUAAGAACUCUUGCACAACUACAAUUAGAGACACAGAGGAAAACUCAUUCCACAGUCAGCCUGUGCAUUUAGCUUUUUCAUAUUGUUUUGAAAAUGUACUUAGCAUAAUAAAUUAUUUUGUUUGAUUAUUGUUGUAGAUUUCAAAAUAAUUUUUGAUUAUUUACCAAAUUAAGAACAAUUAUAUUACGUGCAUUCUUCAGGAGAGUUGCACCCUUUUUAUAGUUAGGAGCAAUAUUAUGACUUCACUUGACUUCCAUUGUUCAAACAUAGAGAAUAUUUUAUGUUGCAGGAUAUCAGGAGUGAAAAUUUCAAGUGGAAUUGUUCUCGGUUAUAAACAAAUGGGCAUUGUAAUUAUAUAGUCAACACUUACUUGCAUCCAGUGUUGUUGAGUAGCUUCUGAUUCCUGUCCCAAGAACAUACUGUGCAAUCCACAGACAUUUGUAGGCAAGUAGAGAAUAGAAAUAGAUUUUGCACACACCACAUAUGCACACAUAUGGACAAUUAAGAGUUACCAGUCCAUCUAUGGCAUGCAUUUGGGAUGUGACUGGAAACCAAAGUUCUCAAAGAAAAUACAUGUGACCACAGGUAAGACAUGGAGAAUUUUCAUAGAAAGAAUCCAACCAAGGACCAGACAAGAGAACUUUUUUGAGUUGGCGAUGCUACUCACUUCAGGUAAACAAAAAACAGAUCAGUAGUAAACUGCAAGAUCUGCUGCACAAAAUUUUGUCAUUUUAUGUUGGGACACAGUGAAAGACAUCAGCAGGAAUUAUUUAAUUAAUACUCUGGAUUAAACUGUUAUUUUAACUCCUACUACAGAACAUUUACUCAUAUAGUAUAUAACCAUUGUAUUUAUCUGACACUAUAGAUACAGCUACACAUUAAGAGCCCAUAUAGAUGCAUCUGAGUCUCCAGUGACAUGUUAUUCUCCUUUCUGAAUUUGGCCCACACUGAAUGUACAUUUAACGUUCAUUCUGUUUUUUUUUUUUUAGAUAUUUUUCAAAAAAAUAUUACUUAAGUAUUAAAGUUUAAUUAACAGUUAAUUAUAGGACCCUUGGUAUAUUAAACUUUCAGCAAUUCAGAAGUAGUUGAGAAAUAUGUAUAUUUAUUGUUAAAAUAGCAGUACGUUUUAUGAUUGUAUUUCCAAUUGUUUUAGUGGAACUAAAAUGUGUCACAUUUACUACCUACAUAUCAGGUAUAAACAGGCCUAACCAGUAGUUAUUUAAAGUUUAAGUAAAAAGAAAUUCCAAACUGAGUUAAUGCUUUAGAAAAAAUGCAGUAGUAUUAUCAGUGUGCAGUCUAACCAUUAUCUUUAUUUUAAUAUUGGAAAAGAAGAAAAUAAAUAAUUUGAUUUUGAUCUCACGA